GCGGUACGGUCAUAUAUAUCUAUCACGUUGUCGGCUUUUCUGCUUCCUAGAUACGUGCAAACCGUGGUUGUGAACGCCUAUAAAACUAGGUAGUUAAUUUCUUUACAAGCUCUUCUUCGAUUAGAGGAAGCGUACUCUUUAAACAGUCAAGAUGUCUGAUUAUGAAGAGGGUGAGUCCAAGUUCUGGCGAAAGGCAAAGGAGAAUCCAUUCGUCCCAGUGGGAAUGGCCGGAUUCUUCGCCAUUGUUGGUUACAGACUGAUGAAACUGAAGCAUCGAGGGGAUACAAAAAUGUCAGUGCACCUGAUCCACAUGCGUGUAGCUGCACAAGGCUUUGUGGUUGGAGCCAUCACUAUGGGUGUCAUAUAUUCCAUGUACAAAGACUACGUUGUCAAACCCAGGGAAGCAAAGCAAUUGGCGGCACAAAAGUGAAAAUGAUAGUGCCUUGAUUUAAGGUGUGCAGAACAUGUUCCUCGCGGAUGUGUUUUAACUUGUACACACACAUUCAGUCGGUAGUGCUGUUUGAAUAAAUAGCGGUAACUACACUUCCUACCCUCUACCUCUGCUGUAUUGAGAAGAGAAGGAGAUGUACUGAUCUCAGCUGUUUUAAUACUUUGUACAAUUGUUUUGUUUGCGCUUGUAAACCCAGAUGGUUGUAUAUCUGUGUGCACAGGAGGUUUUCCUUUACAUCAUCUUGUUUCAUAUGAUGCAAGUGAAAUAUAUACAGAAAAUAAUAAAGAUGGAAUAUUUUGUAUAGAAGUUAAAGAUAAUAAGUGUGAUUGAGCCAAGCCUGGAUGUAGUAUGAGCACCAAUUGUAUGCCAUUUAUAUUUAUUUACCAUUAUUUUAUUGUCUCAUACCAGCUAUAAUAUUCAAGAUUCAAACAAAAUUUAUUUGCCAUUUGUGCGUAUACACAUAGGAAUUCUUGUGCAGUCGUUCAGAGAGUCGGAUAAAAAAUAAAGAAUAGAGGAAAGACACAACUCUAUAAAUAUUUACAGGGUCAACAUGUUUGCACAUCAGCUCAUUUAUGGUAUUAAACAUCUUGACAAACCGCUAGCUUACAGCCUGAGCUCCUCACUGUUCCAUUAGCUUAUCACAAAAAACAAACUUGUAAAGCAUCAUAUGGAAACUGGAAAAUAAUGUUUCUUUACCACAACCAUCGAGGGUCUCUUGUUAAAAAAUAAACAAGUGAUUUUAUUGAUUAGCCUUUCCCCAUUGUUUUUUUUUUUUUUGUUUUUUUGCUUGUGUCUUUCUUUUAAUAGUAAUUGUACCAUGCUACUCAGCAGUCCUGUGAUGCCUUGUUACCACUCAUGUCAUCCCACAAUGGUGUUGUUUCCAAAGCUCUGAGUAUGUGACUGUUUAUGUUUUGCAUCGUGCACUAUACCAUUGUACACCCAGCUACCAGUUUAUUCAGUAAACCUACAGCAGCUAAAGUCAACGGUUUAGUCUUCAGAUACUGUAUUUAGUGGUAUAAUGACAUCAACUCCACAGUACUGUACAGAAACCUCAUGGCCAUGAGGUUCUAAAAAGUCGUUGCACGUUAACUUGCACAUUCGUUUUUAUUUUUUGGCGUUCUGAAUAAGAUGCCAGUUUUGUGUACAAAAUACUUUUCGUGUGUGUCAAACUCCACUCUUCUAUCAGCAAUAGACAUAUUCUAAACAUUACUUUCAUUCUUUGCUCAAAUAAAACCACUUCACCCUCUC